AUGGGCACUACGGACGAUGGAACACGCUUCAAAAUUGAAGACUCUGGUGAUGAUAAUAACAAUGGCGCCAAAUCCACUGGCAUUGUUCGGGGGGAGCAAAAGGUUAUCAUGUGGACCAAGGCAUUCUUGUUAGGGGCAUUUGUGAUUGCCAUUGUGGUUUUAUCUGUGGCUACCUACAAGUAUGUAAAAGACCAGGAACAGAAGACGUUUGAGAACGAGUUCCGCAAUCUGGCUCGAAAGGCGAUUGCAGUUUCGGGAAGAAACGUCAAGAGCCAAUUUGCGGCGCUGGAGCUCUUUAGCAUCUCGAUCAGCUCUAUGGUGACAGCUUCCAACAUGUCCUGGCCGAAAGUGGUAGUUCCUGAUUUCUGUGCUCAGGCACAGAGACUGGUAGAGAUGACUGGGGCCAUGAGGAUAACCAUGGCCAACAUUGUGGAGGAAGAAGACCGUCCGUCCUUUGAGGAGUACAUGGCGCAAAAGAUGCCUCAGAUCAUUCAGGGUCAGAUCGAUUAUCAGCAGCUGAAUGCAUCAGUGACUGAGCUUAAAGGCGUACCCAGUGUUAUACAUGCUUUCAACUUGACCACGAGAACCAAAAUACCCGAAACACGACCGGGUCCCUACCUUGUAAACUGGCAUCGGUACCCCUUCUCUUUGGCUCAACCAAUCUUCCAGGGAAACAACUUGCUGGCAGUCAAAUCCAACAAAGAGGGAUUCAUCUCUUCCAAUGCCACCGGAACUGCCACUCUGUCAUUUAAUCGCCUCGAUACUGGUAUGGCAGGUCAAAUCUUUCAACCAAUCUUUGAAAACGUCGAAGGGGGCAAGAUUGUGGGGGUUGUCUGGUUGUAUACACUCUGGGAAAACUUCUUUCGCAAGGUUCUUCCCCCUAAUGUUGUUGGGAUGAUUGCAGUCGUCCGAACUUCGUGUGGGUUUGUCGCCUCUUUUGAAAUCAAUGGACCUGAAGCAACAAACAUUGGCUUCAUGGAUGCACAUAAUCCAAACUUCGACAAUUUGGUAGUGGAGGGAGAGCUUUUCAGCUUCAGAGUAGACGACUCAAUCGUCGUUCCUGACGAUUUAUGCGUCGACACUUUGACUAUUCAAGUCUACCCGUCAGAUACCACGAAGAACGCGUAUAUGACAAACGAACCUGCUCUGUUUACAGGCAUUGUCAUUAUCAUAUUUACUGUGACGGCGGCUCUGUUCGUCUUCUAUGACUUUGCCGUGAAUAGAAGGCAGAUCAAAGUGAUGCUCAGGCUCACUCAACAAGACAAAAUCGUAGCUGACCUCUUCCCGCAACAAAUCAUGACUCGACUCUACAACAAUGACGAUUCCGUGGGCGAAUCUGGAAUACUGAGUGCAGGUGAUGAGCCACAACUUCAGAAAGAGAAGCCACCAAUUGCGGAUCUAUACCUGAACAGCACUGUGAUGGCAGCAGACCUUGUUGGCUUUGCAUCCUGGUCAAGUCAGCGCCAGCCCCAAGAAAUCUUCAGGCUGUUGGAAGUCUUGCAUGGAGAGUUCGACAAACUUGCUCGAGAGUACAACGUUUUCAAAGUGGAAGCAGUUGCGGAUUCCUAUCUGGCUGUUACAGGAGUCCCCGACGCGGACCCAAAGCACGCUCUCCAUAUGGCGAGAUACUGCCGUGCUCUUGUUGAAAGAGCUUCUCGGCUAACCAAGAAACUCGAGAUCAAGCUUGGUCCUGACACGGGGGAUCUUCAAAUCCGCAUUGGUCUCAAUUCCGGGAUGGUUACGGCCGGAGUUCUACGUGGGGACAGGGCUAGAUUCCAGUUGUUUGGUGCAACCGUUACCCUUGCUGAAAUGAUGAAGAAGCAAGGAAGAGGGGCCCGUAUUCUCAUGUCUGAGGCCACCGCGAAGCUCAUCGAAAAGGCUGGAAAGAGCGAAUGGGUUGUCCCUCGCACUCAGGACAUCACUGUCGACGAGGUGCACGGAAGGGUCACGACGUUUUGGCUUCAAAACCGUGGAGAUACAAAACUGUACAAGUACAAGGCCGUCUCUGCAAGCAAUCAGAAACCAAUGGGACACAUUCAAGAAGGUGUGGUGGGCACUGGAGAGGAUUUUUCGAGUCAUAGCCUGCUGGACAAUGAUCAGGCUGGCCUCGAGGGUGUCAGCGAAAUGAGUAAGAUGCAGCGCCUCGUGGAAUGGAGUGUCGAAGUCUUGGUUGAGCUCCUAGAACAAGUAGUGACUGCUCGAGCUUUGAACCCGGGGUCAGUUGAAUCGUAUGCACCCGUGUCGGCUCUAGAGUCAUCCUUUGGUUUGCAAACCAAAACUGUGCUCGAAGAGUUCCAAGAGAUUAUUACACUCCCUAAAGCAACUGCAUCAGAUCUGCAAGUGCGCCAGAACAAAAAGCGGGUUGAAUUGCCGACAAUGGUGAAGGGGCAACUUCGGGGCUUCUUGACAAGAGUCGCGGGCAUGUACCGUGCAAACAGCUUCCACGGUUGGGAACACGCAGUGCAUGUUACGUCUUCUGUGGUCAAGAUGAUGAGGCGUAUCGUGGACACGGACAAAAGCAACAAGAAAACAGUUGGCCAGUUCCAGCCACUGGAAAACGACGAUGCGUUCAAUGACCAGUUGACCAUCAAAGAUUUGGCCGGGCACUCUUAUGGCAUCACUUCUGAUCCUCUCACUCAGUUUGCAGUGGUGCUGUCAUCAAUUAUUCAUGACGUUGACCACCCCGGUGUAACCAACGCCCAGCUGGUGUCAGAAGGAAAUUUUCUUGCCUCAAAGUACAAAAACAAAAGUGUGGCUGAGCAGAACUCGGUAGACCUUGUUUGGGAUCUACUGAUGGAGCCUGAAUACACAGACCUUCGUCGGUGCAUCUACACCAACGAAGAUGAGCUUAGAAGGUUUCGUCAACUAGUCGUCAACAUUGUGAUGGCAACAGACAUCACGGACAAACAGUUGGGUGAUCUUAGGAAGAAGCGAUGGAACCUUGCCUUCUCCAAAGAAGCAAGCAAUUUGAUCUCGCCAGAAGGUGACAUGGAUAGGAAAGCGACUAUUGUUUUGGAGCAUCUUAUUCAGGCUAGCGAUGUUUCCCACACGAUGCAACAUUGGGAUAUCUACCUGCUGUGGAACGAGCGGUUCUUCCACGAGUGCUAUAGUGCUUACACGGCUGGAAGGGCUGCGUCGGAUCCCUCGUUGGACUGGUACAAGGGGGAGAUUGGAUUCUUUGACUUUUAUGUCAUACCCCUUGCAAAGAAACUCGAGAGCUGUGGUGUCUUUGGGGUUUCGAGCCAUGAAUACCUUGGAUACGCAGAGGCGAACCGAGCCUUGUGGAUCCAAAAAGGAGAGGAGAUUGUGGAGGGGUACAUGAAAAGGCAUGAAGAGCAGCAAGCGGAAGUGAACACAAGCGACGUCACGCCGCCAACCAUCGAACCAGAAUGUGCUCCUGACCUGGAGGGUACCUCCGGCAAACAAGAUGAGGUCGAUCUUGAGAUGGGAGACGGGAGCGCAGAUUUCGAUGACGAGUUCAGCCUUUAA